AUGUUCCGUUCAAAUAAAUCAAAAUUAGCAAAAUCCAUAUUACAACAAGGCGUAAAUAAUGCCCAACGUUAUUAUGCUUCAACAAUUCAACUUCCUUUUCACCCUCAUUACGUUCCGCCAGGUCAACCUACAACUACUUCUAUCAUACGAAAACAAAAUAAUUUAAAAGGCAAAAAUUUUUCGAAAACUUCAAGCAAUCCAUCUACUACCUUUGGAAUUUAUUCCUUCAAUCAUGCACAACAUUCACAACCUUUUCCAAUUAGUGUAUUAAAUAAUACUACCAAUUCAAUGAUUUUAGGACUUGUACCAACAAUUAAUAGGUUACAAAAAAUUUCUUUUUCAAAAAAAGAUGAUGUUUUAUUAUCGACAAACUUUUUCGGUGAUACUAGUAAUGAAGCUACAAAAAGAAAGAUUCCUUUUUUAUUUAGAAUUUCUACGAUAUGUUUUGUGGUAGCUGGUUUUAUUAGGAGUUAUCAUCGAAGGAAGAGUAAUAGCAACUUGCAUAAUGGAAACGAUGAUUAUCGAAUUGAGAAUUCUUCCAACUCGGAACCUUCAUAA